AUGAAGCUCAUCUCCACCCUCAUCGCCACCACCCUGGCUCUCGCCGCCUCCGUCCGGGCCGCAGACUGCACCACGGGCCUGAACUACUGUUCCGGAGUCCUGGACGACGUCGAUCCCAGAUACAAUGCGAUCAUGCGAAACUUGAUCAUACAGAGGAACGGCAACAACUGGUGGACGGACAUCUCGGAUACUCCGGACAACUACUUGUGGCACUGCGAGAGCGGUGGCGGACUCAGCAUCGUCCGGGGUUGCAACUAUGGCUGUGUCAACGCCGGGGCAGGGUCGAGUGAUUACUGCAGAUGGCAAUCGUAA